AUUCCAUUCCAGGCUCUUGAGGGCAGUGUACUCUAGCAAGCAGUGGGCCCAGCCUCUUCUGCUCAUUCCCUCCAAAUUUGAUCCCUUAUGCCCAUUGCAUUCAGCUUCUGCCUGUCCCAGCCUUGUCUAUCCUCCACCUAUAAUCCAUCUUAGUCCCAUUCUCCUUACUGAUGGUCAUAGUCUCUUAUCCCCAGUCUCCUUACUCAGAAAAGUUUAGUCUCACCCUUCCCCCACAACUCUGUCUCCUUGUGUGUCUGGUUCCAGUUUUCCCCCCAACAGCUCCUUGUUCUCAAUUUUCUUGCCCUACCAGUUCGUUUCCUUUUUACUGGCACUUGAUCUGCUCUAGGUUACAACCCUCCUGCACUAAACUUGAUUCCCUGCCCCAGGUCAGAACCCCCCCCUGCACCCAGCCCAUGGUAGGACCACUUCCUGAAUCCAAACUCUCUACCAGACCCCCCUAGCAUUUCCUGCACCCCAAUACCCAACUCAGAGCUCUCUCCUGUACCCAAACUUCAUUCCAGACCCUGCAGCCCUUCCAUCAAUAUCCUAGAAAAUUGCAGCCUCUGACCACUUACCAAAUUCUUGGAAUGACCUCAUCCCAUGUACUAGGCUCACCUAUUCAUAAGAUUGCCUGAUUCUUCUAUUGUAAGACCCUGUUUUCAGCUGUUUAUAUUUUUGCCAAAUUUUAAUGGUUUGAGCUGAUAUUUUCCAUGCCGGGUGUUUGCCUCAGGAUUAAGUUUUCUGGACAAUUCCAACUAAUACAGUUCAGCCAUUUCUAAAAGCAAGAUUAAGACUAACAGAAAGAUGCAUUAUUUUCUGCAUGUUAAAAAUUUUUGGUGACUUAAAUUUGUAGUGUCUUUAUAGUUUAGAGCAGACCAUGAAAUCUAGCAUGGAAUGGCCUUUUUAUCAGGGAUAUGUGCCUUUUGCUCUCUCAAUGAAAGUCUGUCCAAAUUUGGUCAAGGAAUAAGCAUUUUGAAAAAAAUUUCAGUUUGUACCAGUCAGUAGAGAUACCUAAGAUUUUACCACCUACAUUCCCUGAAGUUCUCAUCUGUACCAGAUAUGCUCCAGUUCAUGGUGAGCAGGACUUCCCUGCAAUUGCAACUCUUGGCUGCUGCAAGCCAUGCCAGUUAGAGCGUUUCAACAGAGAGCAGGAAGAAAAUCCUCUCUUCAACUUUGAAUGACAUCCCUCCCCACUGGAUGAGGAAGCUGCAUGAUUUGAAUUCAAAUGCAUCUGGACCACGGGUUUUGUGAUGGAAUCAUCCUUGAAGGCUCUUCAGGAUGAACAGCCUCCGCUGCAGGCUGAAAAUUUCUAUAGGAAACAUGAAAAGAACAGCAAGUUGUCAGAAGUAAAAAAAGAUAUUGAAAAACUUUAUGAAGCAGUUCCACAGCUUGUAAAUGUAUUCAAAAUUAAGGAAAAAAUUGGAGAAGGUACUUUUAGUUCAGUUUAUUUGGCCACAGCCCAGCUACAAGGAGGAUGUGAGGAAAAAAUGGCUUUGAAACACCUGAUUCCAACUAGUCAUCCUCUACGAAUUGCUGCUGAACUUCAGUGUCUUACAAUAGCAGGGGGUCAUGAUAACGUUAUGGGAGUUAAAUAUUGCUUUAGAAAAAAUGAUCAUGUAGUUAUCGUUAUGCCAUAUCUGGAACAUGAAUCCUUUUUGGACAUUUUGAACUCUCUCUCUUUUGAAGAAGUACGAGAAUACAUGUUUAAUCUAUUUAAAGCAUUGAGGCGCAUUCAUCACUUUGGUAUUGUUCACCGUGAUGUCAAGCCUAGUAACUUCCUGUAUAACAGGCGGCUGAAAGAGUAUGCCCUAGUAGAUUUUGGUUUGGCACAAGGAACCCCUGAUACGAAAAUAGAACUACUCAGAGUUGUCCAGUCUGAAAGCCAACAGGAAAGUUGUUCACAAUAUAAGCCUCACCUGACCUUGGGAAACACGGUUUCUGUCAGUAUUAUGGCAUCUAGACAGAUAGCUCCACAGUCAGCCUCAAAAACAUCUCAUGAUAAAUGGUGCUGCUCGCUUUCACAAAUGCAGAUUAAACAAGGAAAAGAAGGAAAGGUUGAGUCUUUUUCACCAAUGUUGCCACGAGAGGGGUCUGUGCAUCCUUCUGUCCAACGCUCUGUCUUUGGAGAGAGAAAUUUUAAUAUCCAUAGCUCCACAUACCAGGAAAACACCACAGUAAAACUCAUAAAGCAAUCAAAGGUGACGGAUGUUGCAUCUAGAAAAUUAGCAACAAAGAAGAAGAUUAUUUCUACAAAAGCAGUGAACAAUGGUGCUGCCAGGAAGUCUGCCAACAAUUGCCCAGCUAUCUUGACCUGUGACUGUUAUGCAACGGAUAGAGUUUGCAGUGUUUGCCUUUCAAGACGUCAGCAAGUUGCUCCGAGGGCAGGCACACCAGGAUUCAGAGCACCAGAGGUGUUGACUAAGUGCCCUGCUCAGACUACAGCAAUUGACAUGUGGUCUGCAGGAAUCAUAUUCCUUUCUUUGCUCAGUGGACGGUAUCCAUUUUACAAAGCAAGUGAUGAUUUAACUGCUUUGGCACAAAUCAUGACUAUUCGUGGAUCCAGAGAAACUAUUCAAGCUGCUAAAACAUUUGGCAAAUCAAUAUUGUGUACUAAAGAAGUUCCAGCACAGGAUUUAAGAAUACUCUGUGAAAGGCUGAGAGUAACAAAUAGCAGCUAUACUAAAGCAACAAGCAAUGUACACAUCAAUCCUUUAUAUGAACCUGCUUUGGCAAGUGACACAGACAACAAGGUAGAGUUUUCUCCCCAAUCAAGAAGCACAAAAAUCGAGCAUCUGAAGAAUAACUGUGAUGAAGGUGACAAUGACUUAGAAAUCACAACAAGAGAAAAGGCAACUGAUUUGAAAGGAUGGGACAGAGUUCCUGAUGAGGCUUAUGACCUACUUGAUAAGCUACUAGAUCUGAACCCAGCCACAAGAAUAACUGCAAAUGACGCUUUGCUGCAUCAUUUUUUUAAAGAUAUAAGACAAUGAAAAGACACCCGAUUUCAUUAUUUCCUUGAUAUUUGCUUCAUAUCAAUAUACUAAAUGUUUGCUCACUUUGAAUUUAUUUCUCUCUAUGGCAUGGCAUCUGCUUUUUUUGUACUGUGUGGAAGAGAUUUCUUUAAAAAAAAAAACACAAAAAAACCCAGAAAUAUGUUUCUUGUGGAGGAUGGUUGGCAUCAUGGAGAAAAAGAAUAUGGAGCAUUUCACCUUUUAAAUCACAAUUUCAAGUUUAUUUCUUGUUACUGGUGAUGGAAACGUCAAUUUAUGGUUGCAGUCCAACUGCAGAAGACAAGUGUUUGGUAUCUGAGUGUCAGCAAGGAAGGGUAUUGGUAAUGCAAAGAUUGAAUAAGCAUGACAAGUGACAUACUUUACCCCCGCCCUCCCCAGGUGAUUGCUGAAGCUCAUUGGUUAUUGGAAAGAUCUGUCUGCUGUACCUGUUCUGUGAGGAAAGGGACUUAGUCUUACUAAGGCUGUCAAUAUUAAUUUUCAUAAGUGGCAAGUCAAUUUAAUUGUUUUAAAUCUAGUAAAAUUUAUAACUAAUCUUUCCUGUAAAAUAACUGUGUAUUACUCAGUAUGGUUAUAUAAGGAAAUGUUAUAUGUGACACUUUUGAUUAACCUACAAUCUUUUAGUAUUCUGUCCACAGGAAUACAUUCCCUUUUUUUUUCCUUCUUAUGACCCAUUUACUUGUCCCAUUUAUCUAGUGUCUUGUCCUUUUUGUAUUGGGACAGCUUAGGUACAUUGGUACUGGCCAUAGUUGGUCUGUCGAAGUCAUCCCCAGAUUAUACUUUGUUUUAUAUAAACCUCUAAUCUAGGAGUCAGGCAUUGUUUUGAUUGUGUGCCCACCAACAGAACAAGUUUUCCAAGAAAAAUACCUUCCCCAUUCUACUUGGGAAGUGGGGAUUAGCACAAUUGCUUGUAUUGAGCACAACCUGUACUUUUUCAACUAAAGUAACAUGGAUAACUGUCAGUGCACACCUCACUGAUUAGUUCAUGUGGCAUGUAUGCAUAUCAGUAUGACUGUUUUGGAAAUUUUUAUUUUCACAAACUAUCCUUUGAAUAAAAGUUUUGCUUUUAUAACUUGGAAAGAUUGUGGUAAUAGCUUAAAACUGUGAAAAAUAUUGGUAAGAAAGGGACAUCCUGAAGUACAUGUCUCUGCAAAAAAAUUAUAUAUUAAAAUGCUGAUAUUUCUUGUGUUCUUACAUAAGUCUCUCCAUGAUGGGAAAACAGUUGAACUGACUUCACCAUAGUGCUGCUAUAUUCAGGGGUCUGUUAAUGUUUAAAUCUAGAGCAAGUUUUUCAACAGAGUUAAAAGGAGCUAUUAGGUUGCUUGUAAAAAGUGCUCCAGGAUGAAAUUUGCCUUAAACUAUCUCAGCCUAAAAGCAAGUCUUUAAUAUUUCAAAUUUACUAAAGCAGAUUUAAUUAUUUAUUUGUAAAUAUUGCUUUGUUUUUAAAGUUGGAUUCAUUUUUGAUAUCUUAAAACUCAAUGUUUAAUUUGAUAAGUGAGAUAGAAUAUAAGAUUUGUAAAAUACCUACUGCCGUUCUAAAUAUUACACUUUGUAUGCAGAAAAGUAGUUCAGAGGUGAUUUUUUUCUCACAGAUAUAAAUGAAUCAAUAAAGCUGUGUUUGUGGAAUGAUUAAACACUGAAACCAAGUUGAAAAGCAUGAAUCACCAAAGCCAUUUAUUAGGUGUGCACUUGCACAGCUAAACAAUCCAACUCACAAGGAAGUCAAUUGGAAAAGAUUUAUGGUAUGUACCACUUACUUUCCAUUGACACUUGGGGCCAAAACUUUGGUAAGUUAAUCAAAGACCAUGCUGAAAGUGUAGAGUUUUGUGGCAAAAGACUGAAGAACAAUUUAUGUGCGAUUCCAGUAUAAUAGCAGAUUGAGCUGUUGGCAGCAAGAGUAGUCAACAGUGGGUCUGUCAUAGUACUGAGAUGGGUUUAGGCCACAGGUGGGCAACAAUUUUUGAUGA